AUGGCGGACGUUCAGGAAGCUACUCAAAAGCAACGCAAGUCGGUCGCCUUUAGCGAAGGAGACGUCAUCAUGGACACCAACGGCGAAGUCACAGACACCCCUCAGGAUGAGAAGCCCGCCGACAAGGAGGUCGACGAGGUUACCGAGAUGUUCAAGGGCCUGUCAAAAAAGAAGAAGUCUAAGAAGUCCAAGGACGCCGAAGGUGCUGAGGAUGAGGAGGCCCCCGCCGCCGACGCCGACGGCUCGUUCGAUCCCUCCCUUCUGAAGAAGAAGAAGAAGACCAUCAAGAAGAAGGUCGAUACCGGCGACUUUGAAGCUAAGCUCGCCGAGGCUGGUGUCACUGGAGAGACCGCCGAGGAGCAAGCUGAGGAGGUCAUCCCCGAGGGUGACCACGAGGCCGGCACUGGUAUCUGGUCCCACGAUGCGACACAAGCCAUCCCCUACUCCCUUCUCGUCAACCGCUUCUUCUCCCUCAUCGAGAGCCACCACCCCGAUCUGCUCUCCAGCGGCGCCAAGUCCUACAAGAUUCCCCCUCCUCAGUGUCUCCGUGAGGGUAACCGUCGUACCAUUUUCGCCAACAUUGCCGAUAUCAGCAAGCGCAUGAAGCGUUCCGACGACCACGUCAUGCAGUUCCUGUUCGCUGAGUUGGGUACCAGUGGUAGUGUUGACGGUAGCCGUCGUCUGGUUAUCAAGGGUCGUUUCCAACAGCGUGGUAUUGAGUCCGUUCUGCGACGAUACAUCGUCGAAUACGUUACCUGCAAGACCUGCCGCAGCCCCGACACUGAGCUCAACAAGGGUGAGAACCGUCUGUACUUCGUUACCUGCAACUCCUGUGGAUCUCGUCGUUCCGUCGCCGCCAUCAAGACCGGUUUCCGUGGCCAAGUCGGCCGCCGCAAGCGUACUGGUUAA